AUGGCCGACCCAUUCGAAGUGCGCAUGCGCUUCACCAAUCUCCUCACGCACCUCUCCGCCUCCGCCACGGCCUCGAUAAAGACUGCACACUACGCCCUCAAACACCGGGACAUGGAUGAAGACCUGCACAGUUGCAUUCUGGAAAACCUCGAGCGGGGCAACACAAACAUGAACAACCGCGCCAACAUCAUGUACUUUUUGGAGCACCACGCGGACAUCAACAUGAAGGAAGGCGGGCACGAGGCAUACGUGGAGAUGGUCAAGAGGGAUAUUGUGAGGAUCGUGGAUGCCGUGGCGCAGAGCGGUGCGAAUGUCAAAGUCGUGAGGCGGGUGGUUACGGGCCUGGGUGAGAAAGGCGUGCUUACGGCCGAAGUCAUCGCGACGAUCGAGAGCGGGUUGAAGGAUAAAGAGGAGAAAUUGGGCAAAUUGCUCGGAGUGGACGAGGAGGAUGUCGAGACGGCAGAAGUUUCUGGAGCUGACCGCAACAAUGCCAUGGAUCUAACCACCGCUGCGGAGGGUGGCGCAGCAGGGGACGGCGGUGCUCAGAAACCCACGCCGCGGACCUCAGGAGCAGAGCGUCCAGGCAAGCCCAACGGUGUCUCGAAAAUGGACAAGCGGGCGAUCGAGCAGAGAAUAGAAGAGGACAGAGAGCGGAACAAACGACUACGCGAAAGUGUCUGGGCUGUCACGGGCGACGACGAUCAGGAGUUGGACAAAAUGUGGGAGGAGGGUGCCCUGCUGGGUGAAGACGAACAUGUCAUCGCCGACGAAGAGGCUGAAGAACGUCAUCAAUUUGUCUGUUAUCAUCGAGCUCUCGCUACCUGA